GAAGCAUGGCGGGGAAGGCAUUGGUAUUUCGAAAUUCUUGUCGGUUUUUUAGAUAUAGAAAGUUGUCAAGAAUUUUAGUAGCAAAACGACAUAUUAGUACCGAUGCAGAUUAUACGACGGACGAAAGGAGCACACAUUUUGGUUUUCAGCAUGUUUCUGAAAAGGAAAAAGAAGAAAAAGUUUACAAAGUCUUUGAAAAUGUUGCAAGUAAAUACGACCAGAUGAAUGAUGCAAUGAGUUUUGGAGUUCAUCGUUUGUGGAAAGAUCACUUCAUGCGACGGCUUUCCCCAGCAAGUGGUACAAAGCUUCUAGAUGUAGCAGGAGGCACAGGUGACAUAGCCUUCAGAUUCUUAGAAUUCCUAAAUAAUCAAGGGGAAUCAUUUACUAAGGACAUGUACCCAGAUAUUGAAGACUUGGCCUCUGCGGAGAAAUCAGUUGAAGAAAGUGACAGUAUGCCUGAGCAUUUUUUAAAAUCUUCUGUCACAGUUUGUGAUAUAAAUCAAGCUAUGCUAGAUGUUGGAAAAGAGAAAGCUCAAAAUAUGGGUUUUACCUCAGGUAUAUCCUGGAUAAAAGGCAAUGCUGAAGACCUCCCUCUUCCAGAUAACACAUUUGAUGCUUAUACAAUAGCCUUUGGUAUUAGGAAUUGCACGCAUGUAGAUAGGGUAUUGGAAGAAGCAUACAGAGUAAUAAAACCAGGAGGAAGAUUCAUGUGUUUAGAAUUCAGUGAAGUUAAGAAUUCUAUGCUCAGUUUUGCCUAUGACAACUACUCUUUCCAAGUGAUACCAGUGCUUGGUCAAAUCGUCGCAAAUGACUGGAAAUCAUACCAAUAUUUAGUGGAAAGUAUACGGCAGUUCCCAAAUCAGGAAGAGUUUGCUGCCAUGAUAAAGGAUGCUGGUUUCAGCAUGGUGACUUUUGAAAAUCUGACAUUUGGAGUUGCUGCUAUACAUUCAGGAUUUAAGCUUUAGCUUAGCUUAAGAAAUACAUAUGCCCAUAAAACAAAGGCUUUAAAUCUACAUGCAACCAGCAAUGAAGACAUAACAAUUGUUUACAUGAUCAAGACUUCAGACACCAGAGUUCUUCUUUUUAAUUUAUUUAUGUAGCAAGUAGUUUUAUAUAAUUUUUUGACAAUAAUCACCCAGUGCAUUAUGUAAUGUACUAAAUGACAUGGCUUCUAUGCUAUUUGUUAAUGUAUGAAUAAAUGGUUUUGUACAAAAUUGUUUUGAAACUGAAAGUGUGACCAAUAUUGUUCAUAUGCACUGACAUAUAAAGGUUAAGUUAUAAUAUGGGUAGAAAUAAUUUUAGGCAUAUUUACAUAAAAUGCAAGGUUUAGCUGUAACAUUUAUAAAUGCAACCUUUUUAAAUAAGCCAGGAGUGAUAUCUUUCAUCUAGCAGCUGAUAAUUUGUAUUUUUAACUUGAAUAUUGCUGUGAUUCUCUUGACGGUACAUUUUACUUCUUAUAUUCAAAUGAAAAAAACAAUGAGAGCCUAGGUAUCCUGGGUCAAUUUAUAUGUACAGAAACAUACAAGCAGAAACAAAGGAAAGACCAAAUGUAUGCUUGUUAGCUGAUUUAUGAUAUAUUUAUUUUGUAAAUAAUAUUAUACAGUGUAGGACUGAGGGAAGGUAAUUUAAAUUAGCAGAGGUAAUUAAAUGCACUUAGUGAAACUUUAGUUUAUUAUUACUUUUUCUUUGGUGCCCAAUGUAGAAUUUACUUAUUUAUUCAAAUUAUUGCUGAAAUGCAUUUUGCAGAUUAAUUUUUCUGUUAAAUUUUAAAAUUGAAAUAAUUCAGUCUACCAUCAAUGGCCAUCAUUUUGAAUGUAAUCUCAUUUUAACCCCUUUUAUCAUUAGUGAAGUUUGACUUAAAGACUGCUUCAUCGGUUUUUCUCAGUGUGUUUAGUCUUUAUGUGCAGGUUAUAUACAGUGCCGUUGUCCAAA